AUGGAUUUUGCUUGGCUUAACAUUGAUGGCUCCUUUAAAGAAGGAACAUCUCGCUGUGGCUUUGGUGGCCUAUUCAGGGACAAUAAGGGCAAAUGGGUGCUUGGCUUCCAAGGGUCUCUAUCUGGCCUAUCACCCUUGCAUGCUGAGUUGAGGGCACUAAAGACGGGCCUACAUCUUGCAAUGGAACAAGGUUCCACUUACUUAGAAGUGGAAUCAGAUUCGAUGGAUGUCAUUAACUGCUUAGAGAAUGGUAACACAACACUUAUCAACAUUAUUCAUGAAUGCAGGUUAUUGAUGAACCAGGUGAGAUUUCAAACAAUUCAGCACAACUUUAUAGAGGCCAACAAACCAGCACACAAGCUGGCUAAGCAUGCUGUUCAUGUAAACAAUUGCAGGGAUCUCGAAAUUAUGCAUUAUCCACCAUCUUUUGUAACCGAUGUCUUAUCCUCUGACUAUGAAGGUUCUAUCUACCUAGCUAAAAACAUUAGCAAAGAUGCAUCCACUAAGCUUGCAUCAUUUGGAAAUAAAAAUGUCAUGCGUGACAUUAGUAUUUAA